AUGUCCAAUUACCUCACGGAUACAGGGUCUGAAACGGGUCAGUCAGUGCUACUCCAUCUCCCAGUACCGUCCCGUAGGGUGAGCAAAGUGCUUACCAAUGAACAGGACGGGUACAAAGAAGAUAACGAGGAUGAGGGUGAGGAGGAUGAGGAAGAGUAUGACGAGGACGAUUUAGAUAUGGACCUUUUCGGUUCGAAAUACAUGCAAACACCGCUAGCCACUACGACCACCACCACGAGCACGACAACGGAUGGUGGUCGUUUGGUCGAUGAGGAGGCCGAUUACGAGGAUUACGCGGGUAAUGCUGACGAUGAGGACGAGGACGGCGAAGGUAACAGUAUCAAUAACGAUAUGCAGUACAAAGUAGUGGCGCGGACGCUCCCGAACACGGAUAUAUUUGUGCAGUGCGAGUUUGACAACAGCGAUAUCGCAUCUUCAAGGUACAGCAGGCUUGCCUCGGGUGGUGGCCAACACUUGCCCAGGCGGCAUUCCAAAACGGUGAAACCAGAGGCAUCCACUGGGCCCGAGCUCCCGCAUAUCGCUGUUUCCAACUUUGACGAGUCGAACGAGAAUGUACAGGGCAACAGUGCGGCGGAACAACCAACGCAGACCUCUCGUCGUGCCAACAACACUGAGACUGCGGGUGCUCCACAUCCAUCCCAGGGGUUCAAACCGCGCAGGAAACAAGGAAUCUCGCGGUUGGUAACGCACCCGCCCGUGGACACUCAAGACAAGCUCUUUGCGGACAUCGAGCAGCUGGAUAGCAUCAAGAGAGACGUCGAGGAGAUUGGCCUGUACGAGUCCUUCCCGCCUGGGUUCGAGGGGAAACUGCUGAAGCUACGCCAGGGCCACCUCAAACUCGUACAGCAGCUGCGGUUGAAGAACCAGAAAAUGGAGGAGCAGAAACGGCACCAACUGCAGGCCUCCGCACUGUCAAAAAUCCAGUCACACAAGACGAACGGCACGCUGUCGGAGUACGAGUACACGGCAGACGCGGCGGCCAGCCGUGCAUCAAACAGCUCCACUGCGGCGGGCGCGGCGACUACCAAUACAGCGACGACUACAGACGCCAACAACAUAGCGCACACGCUCUCGUCGAGCCCCUCGGCGAACAUGGUGACGGACACAAUGGCAAUGAACAGCAUCAUGGACAACCCAGAGACGAUCAAGAACAUGUCCAGUCUCAUAGACACCAUCAAGAGCUUGUGA